GAAACUGAUGGGUGCGUCUUCAUGGCUAACACUGAUGUAUUCUCGCCGGAAUGUCUCAAACAGCCGGAUUACUUCACUACUGCAAUGCCUGGGUAUGGUGGGAAGUACUUGCCUCCAGAACAAAACAACAAUACUUUAAAAUACGAUAGCUACUUAGAGACUUCACAAUCUAGUUUCAUGACUAACUAUCCUUACUGUUCGACAUAUUUUGUAAACGAAAAUUUAAAUAACAGACCAUGUUCUCCUCUCGAUUUGAAAAGAAGCCCUAUGAGCGCGCCUACAAAUAAUCCCAUAUCGCCGAGUGGAAGCAUAGAAGGACAAUUUAUGAAGUACGGAAUUGUUAAAGAGUAUUCACAAAACAUAAUUAGAGAACCCGAAAGACAAUCCAUAAAGGACUUACACAACACUGCACGAAAUUUCUCACAGAUGUAUCUGAACGGAAAUUAUACUAAUAGAACUCUUUACGACAACACCGGCAAGGUGUUCCGAUGUCAUGAAUGUGGAAAAACUUUCAAGCGUUCUUCAACACUGAACACACAUCUUUUAAUUCACAGCGACACGAGACCUUAUCCUUGUGGAUUCUGCGGGAAAAGAUUUCAUCAGAAAUCUGACAUGAAAAAGCAUACAUAUAUACAUACAGGUGAAAAACCACAUCGAUGUACAGUUUGCGACAAAAGAUUUAGUCAGUCAUCAAAUCUGAUCACGCACAGCAGAAAACACACCGGCUACACUCCUUUCAGUUGUGAGAAGUGUGGGCGAACCUUUCAACGUAAACUUGAGCUAAGAAAACACCGAGAAACGGGCAUGUGCUAAUACAGAAAGGCGGAAGAUAAUGGUAAUAAGUAAACGCAUGGUAAAAACAGAAAUACUGGGAAUGCAAUAAUGUGCAACUGGAAAAAGUUGAACAUGAGGACGUCAGACUAUGGACAUGGGCUGCAUUUAGACAGAACAUUGGUGUUUACAAAAAAAACUGAUAUGCUGAAAUAACUCGAGAUAACAGUUUAUGUAAAAAGUCACCAUUGGACGCGAAAUGUUUUGAACAAAAAAACAAAUAGAGGUCAUCCGAUGGAAGUCUCAACCAAAUAUUAUUUAUUGUCCCUUGUAUUAUAAUGCGUUUGCACUCCUCUGUCCUUUCCGUCUGAUUCAAGUAAAAUGCUAUAUAUCAAUAAUCGAUGAGGGAAAUACCCCAAGCGUCUAUCUUAUUCGGAUUAAUUAUGACACUUUUUUUUUCUAUACAUUUUUGCGUUAGAAAAACCACUUCGUGAACAAUGUGUUCAUCGCAUCGCCCUUCUUUCAUUCAACGUUUAUAAGUUGUGAUAGUUGAUUUAUUUAUCAUAUUUAAUGUAUGUUAUAUACCAUGUGCAUAUAUAAUGAAAAUACAGGAUAACGAAACAGUUUAUCCAUAGGGGUACUCCAUGUACUCUUCAUACAAGAAUUAUCAAGGGUAAACAAAACAAUAUGGAGAAUAACUGAUUUCUUUUUCUUUUUAUUAUCCUUUUUAUUUUGCAUUCAACAACUGCAGUCAGAUUAACUAGAAGCUAUUAAGAGAGGAAGUUGUGACUUUUUAUGGAAGUCAUCGUCCAGCCGUCCCUAACAGAGAAUGAUUUAAAGAUAUUGCAGCUUAAAAGUUAAGAAAAAUAGCUAUCAUUGAAAGCAGCUGUUUUAGUGUUAAUGAAGUCAUUCACACACUGCUGAAUAAACCAUUUAGCUAAAACUUUUUUAUUAAGGUUAAUAUGUAAAGUUUUUUAUGCUUCAGAUAGAUGUAAAGCAUGAUAAUUUCCUUAUUUCUCGAUGAAAAAAGUAAUGAAAAAAAAUUCUGAAACAAUGAACUGCAGUUCAAAUCAAUUUCAAAAUAUAGAUUAAAUCCGUCAUUUCGUAUUUUGUUGCCAUAAAAACAGUGUGGCUUCUAUUUUGAUGAAAUAUUGAAAAGUUCGUACGUUUCUAAACUUUAAGGCGACUUUGAAAUUCUUUCUAUAUCUUAAAUUGCAGACACAAUAAAAUAAAAAAGAUAACGUUGCCCUGCUCGUUAAUGAUAUACACUAAAAUUGAUAAGUUUAAAACAUUAUACAUUUAAAUAUUGUAAAUAUAUAAAUUCAACCAAUCCUUUAGAAAAACUAGGGCUUAACUGAAUCUGUGUAAUGAAUCUUUCUCACAAAUCGUUAAAAACAUUAAUUUUGUCUGACUUAAGUUUUCAUUGCUUUUAUUUAUCCUCUUUGCUGGUUUUUACAGCUUUACAGUGACAAAAUGAUUACUUGCAGUUUCUUUUUAAUUAUACCAGUAUGCAACAAUUAUGCUGCCAGUGUCAUGGUAUGCGGGCCUGUAU